GUGGCGCUGCAGUCCGUCCUCCCGCGCAGACGGUCUCUGCAGGCGCGCCAGACACGCGCACGCGCCCCAGACACGCGCCCGGGGGUCCACGCGAGCCGCGUGCGAACUGUUCAGUCAUCUAACUUAUAGCAGCAGUUUCGAACCAGUAAUCGUCAAAGCCUACAGGAUGUCUCAUCGAAGUUCCAGAGGAACAGCUUUCUCUGAAAUGUUCAUGAAGAACGAUCCAUCUCGACCGGCUGACUCUCACAGAGAUCCAUCGACCUUGAGUUCUCCCACCAAAGACCAGUUCUCCCAUCAAGGGAAAAAAACGUUUAAACGUGGCUAUGCUUCCAAGCCACCAGUUUCAUCCAAAGUUCUGAUUGACAAAUACACUGAAGGCGAGUUGGACGCUGUGUCUUUGGUCCAUCAGCUCAGCAGCAUUUUGGAGUUCCACCUGGAAAUGAAGGAGACGGUGACCACAGGCAACCUACCAGGACUUUAUUUUGCAUUUUGUGUGGUCAUUGAUGGGGUCGAGUACAAGACCGGCAUCGGCAUAACGAAGAAGGAAGCUCGCCAGAAAGCAGCGCAGCUCGCUCUGCUGGACUUCCUGCCCACCCUUGAAAGCCCAAAGUUUUUACUCCCUGAAGCAUCAGAUGUCCCUCCUCCACUGCCAGUAAAAGAGAAGCUCUCCAUUUCUGACAUGCAUGAAAAGACCUGUUCUGUCAACCUCCAGAUUUCAAACGCUGUCCGAGAUCAGCUCACUAAACAGAUGAACAGCCACCCGGAGUUCUCGCCUUGUGCAGGAACCACAGCGGCGUUCAUUAUUCAGACCUCCAGCGGUUGCGAGGCGGUCGCUCUGGGCACAGGCAACUUUAAUGCCAAAGAGAGCGCUUCGACGGGUGGGAGAAUCGUGCACGACUCCCACGCGCUGGUUAGUGCAAGGAGGUCCCUGAUGAGGUUUCUGUACCGGCACCUGCUGAUGUUCUUCAGCAAAACCGCCAAUCUGACCGAGAAGUCCGUCUUUGAGCAGAGCGGCAGCGGCCUCCUCAGCCUGAAGAGCGGCAUCACGCUCCACCUCUAUGUGAACCAACUGCCGAAGGGCGCCGCUCAGAUCCCGUCCCAGCUGCGCCUCAACCCGCUCUCCAUCUCGGCGUGGCAAUUCAACAACGAGAUCAGCCUACACCUGUCGGUGGAGGGAAAGGUGUUCUCGGUUUUCUCGUCGACCUUUGAUCACUCCGCCUCCAAGGUGGUCAGCAUGUCCGCCACGGACAAACUCACCCAGUGGCAGGUGCUCGGGUUCCAGGGGGCCUUGCUCAGCCACUUCAUCGAGCCCGUCUAUGUCCAUAGCAUCCUCGUUGGCAACGUCGGCUGCAGUGACGUCCGUGGCUUGAAGAUGUCCGUGAGCCAGCGCGUGGAGGGCAUCACCUCCCAGCUGCCCAUGUUCUACUGCAUGAUGACGCCCCACAUCAGCCUGGUUCCCGCCGUGGCCUCCAACACCUCCGACAGGGGCCAGUUCACCCUCGGUAUCAACUGGAGCGAAGGAGACAGCUCCCUGGAGGUGGUCGACGGCCUGGCGGGAAGGGCCGUUGAGCAGUCUCCCUUUAAGAGCAGCCCUUCUCUGGCCAGCCGCCUCUGCAAAGCGGCGAUGCUGCACCGCUUCAAGUUGGUGGCCAAAGAGGCCCGGAGGCUGGACCUGCUGGCCACGAGCUCCUACAGAGAAGCCAAGCGGAUGGCGAAGCCGUACCAGGAGGCCAAGAACGUGCUGCGUGCGCAUCUGCUGCAGCAGGGCUUCGGUCCGUGGCUGGAGAAGCAUUCUGUUAGCGAUAACUUCAACAUGUGAAUAAGAACCCCCAGAAGCACUAGGACACGGAGCACUGCGGGGCCUAUCACGCCGGUUAUUGGUUUCUGUUGUGAAUGAGAUUAAGAUCUCUACACCUGUUUAUUUAUAAGGCGUGUUUUGUUUGGGAAGUUGUGGCGAAAACCUUUAACCUUCAGGGUUAGGUCUGACUUUCAAAAGAGUACAAAUAUGCAACAUUUGUAUAAAAGGGACAUUUGUAGAGGCAUUGUUUUCUAGCCCGCUAUUAGCUUUAGUCUACUUAAGAGUUCUGCUUUAUUGACAUGCAUUGUACCUGGUGAUUACUGCAUGCGUCAUUUAAGCAUUAAUCUGAGUUCAAAUAGAUUUAAUCUAUUGUGUCUAAGGGAAAUACCUAUUCCGGAAAUACCAGAAACAAAGUUACUGUUUGUGUCUUCAUUUCUUGGAGAAACAUUAUUUUGGUUGAUGUUCAGUGUGUGUGCUUUGAGCCUUAGUUUUCCACUGUGCAUGAAUAUAUAUCAAUAAAAAUAAAUCCAUCCAAGCUCAAAUGAUGAUGUUUAGUUUGCCCCGACUACGUCAACCCCACAAACCCCACUUUUCCAUGUGCUCAUGUCUCAUCCCUUCGGUGGGCUUCUAAUGCGAAGUGGCCUCUGCUCAUUCACAGCCCGUCCUUGCAAACACGGACUGGUGCAAAUAGUCGUUUUUUGUCUGGCUGUGUUGAAGCGCAUGCAGGAAAUGUUUUGGUUUCCUGUGUUGGCGACGCAGUGGCUCGUUUACUGUCAAAGCGUUGAGUGCUCCUGUGAAUGGAGUAGCGUGUUUCGCUUCCUACUAGUCGGGGGCACAGAUGGGAUUACCAGUGCAUUCUGGGAGCUUGGAUCCAAGGAUCAAGGCUUUCAGCUGUAUGUACAGCUCCAGGUUUUCUACUUGUUUGUUUUUCAUUUUUUUGGAUCACUCAUUACUUUUUGACUUGCAAUGUUUCUGCUGAUAUGUCAUACUUGGGUUUGUUUUUUUUCCUGCAUUAAUUGAUGAUGCAGUGGGGAAAACCUGCACGGCAGCACAUGUCUAAAGCCGUAUCCGUGUUAUGCUAACGGUCCAUGAUGUUCGGAGGCACUGCAUGCAAGUUACCCUCCUUCCUGCUGCAGCUGGUACUUAGUAGUAAAUAUUUCGAGGGGGAAAUUCCUUUGCUUUGCCUUUGUUACGAGGGAAAUUGGCUGCUUUGUCAUUCAGGGACCAGUCCAUUGUAGAACUGAAGGUCAUGUAGUGUGUGGGUGUCUAACGUCAAGCAGCCAAUCACUGCUGACCUUUAUGUGGAAUGUGACGAUUGAGUGCUGAGAUCUCUGCUAAAUCUAAAUGUUGCACCUGCAAUUAAAUACUGCCUCCUAUUUUCAA